AUGAUUAGGUCCAAACUAAUGAGCUGGAGGGAGUAUUUGACCCCCGUAACUCAUAACUCAACUUUUCAAUCAACAGGGCAGAUAACACCAGAGGAAUUUGUAGAAGCCGGGGAUUAUUUGUGCCAUAUGUUUCCAACGUGGGAGUGGAACCACCAGAGUAGUACAGUGAGCGGCCGUGAAUUCUUACCAGCCAACAGACAGUUUUUGGUGACGCGGAAAGUGCCGUGUGCCACACGAGCAGAGCAGCUCACUGUGGUGACAGAUGACUUUGAUCAACAGGGAGAUGAAGGGGCGGAGCACAAGGCCGAUUCCAGCGAAGAUUGGGUGGUAGAGGGACGUGUUGAGUCAAAGAACGCAGAAGCGGUAGAUCACGCGGAUAUCGAUGAUUUGCUGCUUGGCAUGGAGCUUGAAUCUGUGGACCAAGACGACGAUGACAUGGUAAUGGCCACCGUGCCGAGCGACACGCGCCAUUACGACCUCUAUAUCACGUAUUCGACCACAUACCGCGUCCCUAAGCUGUACUUAGUUGGUUUCAACAGUGAAGGCUCACCUUUAACACCUCAAGAGAUGUUUCAGGAUAUCGCACCCGACUAUCGAGCCAAGACGGCGACAAUUGAACGUCUUCCCUUCUUACACGCCCACGUGACUUCUGUUUCGAUACAUCCGUGCAAACAUGCCAAUGUGAUGCGUGUGCUGAUGGAGAGAGUCAGAGAAGUGAAGAGCCGGCGCCGUGCUGCUGGAAAUAAUGCUCCUCAUGCUGAAGAUGAAUGGGAAGAUCUACAGAGCGAGCUCGAAGGUGGACUGCGCGUUGACCAGUACCUAAUUGUCUUUCUCAAGUUCAUUGCAAGCGUUACACCAGGAAUUGAGCACGAUUACACGAUGGAAGGGUGGUAG